CUUCAUUUCCUCCCCACUCCACACCACCACAACAACCACCACCACACCUGCCUCUUGUUUUGGUCGGCUCAAUCUUUAUUUAACCGGAGGCCUCUGGCCAGCUUCGCACCCUUUGGUGCUAUAGCUUGGAGUUGUUUUCUUUCCGUCUCUCGUCCCGUCCGUGUUCGUGCUUUGCUCUCCACCGUCCCGUCCAAUUCCACUCUCCCAUUUUUGCCUCACCUGCCCGUACCGACCGCUGUGGCCUCGGCCGAAACGAGAGGGAGAGAUUGUGGAACAGAUCAAGAAGAAAAAGAUAACACAACGCAACACAUCAUUUCGCCUCGUUUCCGCAGUCCUCUUUCACCGCGCGCUGUACCAUUCGCGUCGUCGGGGUUGCGCUGUCGUCACCGGUCCCGUCGGUGGUCUCUCCUUCCCUGACUGCUCUCUACCCGAAUCUCCGAACCCGUAUCCGUCGUCGGUUCCGCAGAGGGUCUGGGAGAGGUGAGCGUUUGGUAACAGCCAUGAUUAUCGAAGGCCAGAAGUGGGCAUGCCAGUCAUGCAUUCGGGGCCACCGCGUCAGCAACUGCACGCAUGCUGACCGCGAGCUGUUCCCCAUUGCCCCAAAGGGCCGUCCUGUCAAGCAAUGCGAACACUGUCGAACCGCCCGCAAGGACAAAUCCCACCAUGCAAAAUGCAACUGUGGAAAUAAGAAGCACAAGGACGUGUCGUCUGAGAGCGGCCCAAAGAUCGAAGGCUUCGGAUGCUCCUGCCACAAGCCUGGUAACAAGUGCGUCUGUGGCAUCAAGAGCGAAGCAGCCGAUCUGAGGAUCCAAGAGCAACUCCUCCGGCGCCCCCUCCCCGUCAAGAGCAGGCCUACGCUCGACACGCGAGUCUCCGAGAGCGUCCUGACGACGGGCCACCCCAAGCCCCAGCACCGCAACACUCUGGGUCACACAUCGUGUCAGCCGUACCAAAAGCCCAAGAGGCCUGCCAGCCUCCACGGACCUUCGCACAAGGAUGCGGUCUCGUCCGACCUCAUGGACGGCGAGCCACGUGCCGCAGAUGACAUGCUUCUUCUUAACGGUAAUGCGAGCAAGAUGUAUGGCAUGGACGUGCCUACCAUGUCCGCCGACAACCUGCCCGCUUACUUUCCCACCGGCUUUGAGUCCGGUCUUGAUUUCGGCAACUACUUUAGCGGAAGCGACGUCAGCACUCCCGACGCUUCUUCUCAGUUGUUCCGCACCACCAGUGCGGACGCCAUCUCGUCCCAGUCUGGAUGGUACGACACCACGCUGAGUACUGUCGCUGAAGCCCCUGGUGACUUUGUCACGUCGCCCACGGGUGUGUAUGGCGAGAGCGACUGGAACAUCCCCUCUGCAACCUCGGACUUUUUCUCUCCGUCGGACCUGCCUUUGAGCACGAGCAUGAACAAGCUGUCCCAGACUAUUUCCCACAGCGGCGAGUCGAACUAUCAGAGUGUCCCCGGCCUGACAGCGUCCUCAUCAGGUGCCCAGUCCGAGAUCGAUGGCCCCACGGGAAACGGCAAAUUGGAUGCUUUCCCAGCGCUAUGGAGUGGCACCGUCCAGUUCCGCGAGAGCACUCCAGUCACGAGUGCUCCGCAAAACGGCGUGUUCGCCUUUCCAGCUAGCGUGCCCAACUUUGAACCUGGAUUCAAGCCUACGUCAUCACCUAGACGACAUCGCCAGACGUACAGCGGAGGCUCACAUCACACGCACAAUGGCAGUGGGUCGACGACCGUGCCUGGGGACUACGGCUUUACCAGCAACGUCAACAUUGGCCAUCUCCAGAACCUGGCCACACUAAAGAGCGCGCGAGAGGCCGCCGCAGCUCGAUCGGCCAGUCAGUCUCCAAGCGGCUUCCAGCUGGGUGGUGAGAGCGACGUGGGCGCGAUCGCCAUACCUAAUAGCGAAGAUUACUACGACGAGUUUGACUUUCCUUUUCAACCCCCACAGCCGACGGAAAACUCGAGACAGUUCUCUUGGCUGCUCGAUAGCCAAUAACAACGGUCUCAGCCAGGGCUGGCUCUACUCUUCCACCAUCUCUCUCCCACACACACAAAGUUUAACGACGCCAUGAAUCAUGUCGCGUAUUCUGCAUAUGGAGGACCUGGUGCUUCAGUAAGACAGCAUCGUCAUCGUCAUUCUCGCAGUUACGUUCGAGCACGCACAGCGAACCCGUUAACGAGCCUGUUUUUUUGCUUUGGGUUUCUUUUCUUCCUUUUUUUUUUAUUUUUUUUUUACUCAAGCCAAAUGAACAUAGAUUUCUUGUGGAUAAGUUUUGCAGAUCCGAUAAGACACAUAAGCGCAUACGGGUGGAUUCAAUGUCUAUCAAAAAUCACAUUCGUUGGGCGGUCAUCCAUGGGACUUCACUAGUCGAGGAAGCAAGGUGCGAUUAGCUAGCUAAUCGGCUAGAAUUGGUCGCACAAUGGUCUCAUACAUCAAUGCAAGAAAUUUCCAAGAAAAAAAA